AUGCCUUUCACUGCUUCAGACAUUUGUAAGAUCAUCUUGGCCUUCAUCCUGCCUCCUCUGGGUGUCUUCCUGGAGCGCGGAUGCGGCGCGGACUUCCUGAUCAACAUUUGCUUGACCAUCCUGGGUUGGAUUCCUGGUAUCAUCCACGCGAUUUACAUCAUCUUCAAAUACUAG